CAGGACAUAGUAAUGUCGAGCUACAUAUUUAACACCUGAACACAUCUGAUUGUAUUAUUAAUGAUUUUUAUCUACAUCAUUUAUUCUUCAUUCAGACUGAGGAGAUGCUGGUUGUCAGAGAUCAGCUGUGUUUCACUGGCCUCAGCUCUGAAGUCCAACCCCUCCCAUCUGAGAGAGCUGGAGCUGAGUGACAACAAGCUGCAGGAUUCAGGAGUGAAGCAGCUGUGUGAUUUUCUGGAGAGUCCACACUGUAAACUGGAGACUCUGAGACUGAGGGGCUGCAGUUUGUCAGAGAUCAGCUGUGUUUCACUGGCCUCAGCUCUGAAGUCCAACCCCUCCCAUCUGAGAGAGCUGGACCUGAGUGGAAACAAGCUGCAGGAUUCAGGAGUGAAGCAGCUGUGUGAUUUUCUGGAGAGUCCACACUGUAAACUGGAGACUCUGAGACUGAGGGGCUGCAGUUUGUCAGAGAUCAGCUGUGUUUCUCUGGCCUCAGCUCUGAAGUCCAACCCCUCCCAUCUGAGAGAGCUGGAGCUGAGUUUCAACAACCUGCUUGAUUCAGAUGUGAAGCAGCUGUGUGAUCUGAAGGAGAGUCCACACUGUAAACUGGAGACUCUGGACUGGAGGCCAUGAGAGGAUCAGCUGUGUCCUGAUGAUCCAGAGGGAGACUCUGACUGGACCAUGUUACUGGGAGGUAGCGUGGAGAGGAGAGCUUCAUCCAGUAGUGACUGACAGGAGUCACAGGUGGAGAUGACUCUCAGUGCUGCAGCCUGAACUGCUCUGAGAUCAACUCCACUGUCAGACACAAUGUGAAGUCCACCAUCAUCCCUGUGUGUUCCUCUGGAUCUGACAGUAUCAUCAUCAUCAGUGUGUCAAUGACUGCUCUGUCCUUCUACAUUGAAACUCCUCCACUCCUCCUGCUCUACACUCAACCACCUCCUCCACCCUCCACCUGGACCUCACCUGAAUCUGACUGCAGAUUUUUACUGUUAAUGACGACAUGGGGUCAGACUGGGAACAAAAUUCGGCCCUGGCAUUUUUCAUCUGGACAUUUCACAUUUCGCACCAGUCCGAGCCUGUCUCCACCCUGUUAGUCUGGCUCUCUGGAUGUGGACUGUGGCUAUCAGCCUGCCAUGGGGCUGCUGAUUACAGCCGUCAUUCUCCCUUCCUUUAACUAUCUGCGUGUUCGUGUUUCCAAAUCCUUCACUACAGGAAACAACAACAACCUGCGAGCUAACAACUUACACACUGAAGAUGGCGAGUUGUGUCAAAGAUUUGGAUCGUGCAAUAAGGCGUGUUUGCUUUGUUGUUUCAGGGAAUUGUUUUAAAAAUCUACAACAAAUCAAACAACUUGUGAACGCACCUCAGAAAAGCCUCGACUCCGUCUUGCAGGACUAUCAUGCCUGAUGUCCAUCUGUUUUCUGACUUGGCCAGUCAGAGUUGAUAUGUCACAUCUUGUAACUCUGGCAGCAGCAUGCUCCAGUCACCGUGACUUAAGGGGGAACUAAACCCCCCUCUCUGGGCAUUACUCCGCCCACUGCUUGAUUUAAAAAAAAUCAGAAAAGAUCAGGUGAGCGGCUGAGGAAGGGGGGCAGAGUGAAGAUUGUCCCUCCCUGCGGGGAGAGGAGAGAGGGCUUUUCACUGUGCCGAUGGUGUCUUAGAAACCCCCCCCCCCAACUGUGUCACACGGGCAGAAGGGAAGGGACUUAUUUUAUCCUACUUAGUUCUAUUUCUCCCUCUCUGGGAGCCUGGGCUCACCACGCAGCAGCCCACCGCAUCCAUCCACCCCUCCCUCCUUCGCGGUCCCACAGAUAUACUCCCGAGGCUCGGCUCUCUGUCACGGCACAGCGGCCCUCCACUUCCCUCACUCGCCGCACUGCACAUAUACUCCCGAGCCUCAGCGCCUCUCCUUGACCAACUAAUCUAAAUACUAUAAACACACUACUAACUGUAAACCGACACUAAAAUACACUAUUCUAACAAUACAAUUUGACAAAUUCCUAGCUAUUCUCUCUGCUCUGAUCCAACCUACUCGCUAUCAGUUUGAUAACUGCGGACAGAAUGGUUUUAUAGUAA